CUGGCAUUUACAUACUUUAUUGUGUAUAACCACGUAUUGUUUUUGAAAUUAAUUCGAACUGCCCGCUUUACACCAGAAGACAAAUUUUCGAAGUACCGUAUAAUUAACAAACGUCGGUUCGGUCUGCUGCUAACGCAAGAGCCGGCUCCUACUUACUGA